CUCAGUGGCCAGGUCUCACAACCACAAAGGAGGACGGAGUGUGUAGACCUCUUUUUCGUAGUCAGUCGCCUUGCUAGUUUAAGUUUAAUUAGACGACGAAGGAUUCCGGCUAACACAACGGUGAUGACCCUGCCAAUGCUAGUUAAAAAUAGGCUAUGAUCUCCCCAGAAUACAAUCUACACUGUAUGACCUACCAUCUAGUUACGAUGGUCAACUAGAACGACUCAACUUCAAGAGUGUACAUCCGACACGUGCGUUCGGGUAUCUAAUUAGCACAUUACCGCAUAUGGAAUCAUUUCAAUUGAAAAAAGUAACGAAUUGUCAGCCGGUGGUGCUACAGGGUCCUCAGUUUCUGAAAUGCAUUCGUGAAACUCUCUAGGCAAAGCCUGCUAGAAGUUGGGUUUGCAUCAAAAUGCAGACGUCAGUGGCAGUCUUUUUGGAAGCAACUGUUUUCGACAGAUAAACGAUGACCCCUGUAGUGAACGAGUGAGGUUUUUGUGGGCAACAGCACAGUCGAUCCUAACUUAUUCUACCGUAAGUUUUUAUUGCAGCUGUAGGUUAUCGUUUUAAAAGCUACUGAGGUUACUUCCUCAAAGUUUGUUAACUCGUGAAUAAUGUGUAAGCUAUCUUUUGUACUUUUUAUCCUGUACUUUUGCGAUCCUAUCUGGUGCCUACGGAUUACCGCAUACUUCAGGAUGUAUAUUUCUGUUUGGAGUCCUAUUCUUUCAAUCCUACGCAAAUCAUCCAGCUGUCGUAGUUUUAACCUAGUUCGGCACUUUGAACCAGAAAAGCUCAAUGGAGUUGGCAAUAAUUACAGAAACAAUCGUCUUCCAAAGUCGUAUGAAAGGAUGAUGCAACCGAUUUUUCAUAGACUUGGUCCACCAAACUUUUUCCGCUCGAAAAUCAACACUAUUUUGCUUUCUCGCAGAGAAAGAAAAAUGUCAGAAUCCGUUAGAAUGUCUACUCCAGAAGGUCGAGCACUAGUUUUUAAAAGGCUUAUUGACAGAAGACGAUCUCUAUGGCCACAUGCUUAAUGCACCACCAUAUGAUGAUAGCAGUUUCAGUAAAAAAAAUCUUCCUAUGAACCCCAAUCAAACUCUUUAGCUUUGUUAUUAUCAAAGAAAUAUAAAUUAUUUAUUAAGUUGUUGUGAAACGAAACUUGCUUAGUGUUGUUGUUAAUACAAUUUAGCACUCAGUGUUAAUCAA